CAAACAUGACAUUAAAAAUUGUCAAAAUUUUGUUUUUAAAAAUAUUUUUGACUGGCGUAGCACAUUCCCAUCAUAAAACUCCAUUAUGCGGACUUGAAUCUGCUGAUAAGGGAAAUCGACGAACAGAGGAAGAAAAGAGUUUUCAUCAUCAUAUUCAUGGCAUCAGUGCAUAGCAGUUCCAGAGAUUCCAGAUGGUCUCUCAAGGGCAUGACCGCUCUCGUUACCGGCGGCACUCGCGGAAUCGGUCAUGCGAUUGUGGAGGAACUGGCUGGAAUGGGGGCCAUCGUGCACACUUGUUCCCGGAAGGAAGAGGAGCUAAACCGGCGCCUGCGGGAGUGGGAGGCCAAAGGUUUCACCGUCACUGGCUCUGUCUGCGAUGUGUCGUCUGCGGCCCAUCGAGAGCAGCUCACGGCGAAAGUUUCUUCUCUUUUCAAUGGCAAGCUUAACAUCCUUAUAAACAAUGCUGGGACAAGCUUCAGGAAACCAACCAUUGAGUACACUGCCGAAGAUUACUCAAAAAUCAUGACUACCAACUUAGAGUCUGCUUACCAUAUGUGCCAACUUACACAUCCACUUCUAAAAGCCUCAGGAUUAGGAAACAUUGUGUUCAUUUCAUCUGUUGCAGGCGUGGUGAGUUUGGGUACAGGAUCCAUUUAUGCAGCAAGCAAAGGUGCAAUGAAUCAACUAACAAAGAAUUUGGCUUGCGAGUGGGCAAAAGAUAAUAUCAGGAGCAAUUGUGUUGCACCCUGGUAUAUUAAAACCUCACUCAUAGAACAUUUGAUCGCUAACAAAGAGUUCUUGGAGGAUGUAGUAUCCAGAACUCCUCUUCGGCGGCUUGGUGAACCAGAGGAAGUUUCAUCACUGGUGGCAUUCCUUUGCUUGCCUGUUGCUUCCUAUAUUACUGGGCAAGUUAUUUGUGUUGAUGGAGGAAUGACUGUCAACGGUUUCUACCCCAACACUUGUUAGAGUUGCAUAAUACUUCAGUUCCCUGUAUAGGCUUCAGUUGCUUGUUGAUUAUGAUCUUAAUGGUGUGCUGCAAUCAUAAUUUAUUGUCAUUGUCACGCUAAAUGUCAUAUAUUUAAUAAUGAAGUGGGGUGAAAGAAGGAUUUUGGAUUUGAGCAUUUGAAAUUCAAAUGUGCAAUCUCCAAAUCUGUCUAUUAUAUUCCUUGGUUUCUAAGGGUC